CUUACUCCCGUGGCUGCUGUGCCGCAGGUCUUGCCCUUGCGCCACGACGUUAAGGAGGAGCAACCAAGCAAUUCACCAUCGCCCAUCCGUACGGAACAGCCGGUAGCCAUUGAUCUGACCACAGCUUCUAUGGCAUCCUCGCAAAGCGACGGCAUAUCCAGCUUAUCCAGCAAAUCGUAUUCCCUGGAAGAUGUUCAAAUGGCUCCCUCAGUGGCACAUUACAUGGAUGGACCACCUAGAGAUAUUCUGCAGCGACUUGAACGCACAAUGACCGAUAUAAGCCAGGAGCUGCGCUCCCGCAACCAAAUUGAGCACAACCGUUUACUCCUGGAUGCCGCCAAAUUCAAGUUUUUGAAUCCGGACUUCCAAUUUCAGCCCACUUUUUAGGAGUUCGUUCCCCAGGAACGAAACCAACUAUGAAUUUAUGUAUUAUAUACAUAUAUAAUAUCUAUACCAACUGAAUAAACAACAUUCCCUCCA